AUGUCCGUUCAAUUCCCUUCGGGAUAUGAACCAGACACGGAAGACGCUGUCUAUCGAGCAAAUGUGCCAAAAGAAAACUAUCACAUAAUUGGCGAGGGAAAGUAUUCGUAUGUGAUAGCCGCCAAACUCGAUUACAACCAUGUGGAGGGCAAGAACUCGGACACAAAUUCAAAGCCUAAGAUGAUGCAUGUCACGUGCAAACGCUAUGAUCUGGAGCAGCUGAAGAUGACGCGCGAUGGCUACACAAGAAUCAGACGGGAGCUGCAAAUCUUUCGCUUGCACCGUCACGAGAAUAUCGUCGACUUUUACGAGGUGUUCACCGAGCUAGCUGCUGGUCUACCGGCGUUUAUAUACGUUGUCUCCGAGAGGAUGAACCAUAGUCUAGCCGAGUAUUACGAGAUUUUGACAACCAAGAAGAUAGAAGAGGUCGACGUUCUUCACUUGGGCGCCCUUCUGACGCAAAUACUUCGAGCGCUCAGCUACCUCCAUCAGCGGGGAAUCAUGCAUCGGAAUAUCUCACCAACGAACAUCGGCAUUAACACGGGAACUUUCACGGUGAAGCUCUUCGAUUUCGGAUUGGCCAGAGAAAUAAACGUGAAUCUCGAUCAUUCGACAAACGUCGAGACCUUGCACGACUUUGCACUACAAAGCUAU